UCAAUAAUUUCAUAGCAUAUUAUUAUUAUUAUUAUUUUUUUAAUUUAAUUAUUUUUUCUUAUUUAAAUUUUUAAAUCACAAACAAUUCCGUUCAUCAAUCAAAGUGAUUCAGUUUUGGUUAUUUCUGUGUGUGUGAAUCAAAACAAAAAAAAAUAUCAGCGCAUUACGAUUUUGAUGUUCGAUUGUCGUACAAUCACAUAGAAUGGCUGCUAUUGGCGAUUAUUUUUCCACUGGUAGCAUGGUCUCAUGCACCACUUGUUUUAAGCAGAGCGUUGAGGGUGAAGUCUUGGCAUUCGAUCCAAUGACUAAAAUGCUCAUUUUAAAAUGUACCGCCGGCAGUAAUUCAACAAAGCUGAACGAUAUUUUUGUAGUUAACUUGGAGUUUUGCAGUGAUGUCCAAGUGAAGGAAGAAGUUAAAAAAGAACCUGAUGUACCUGAUGCAAAAAUACCACCACCAUUGAAUAUACAGCGAUUGAGUACACGAGUACGAAAUGCACAAGAGCAGAAGAAACGAUGGAUUUCGGCAAGGACAGCUGGUGUGAGUGUGGAUGGCCAAAAGCUUUAUAUGGCAAUUUCAAAAACCAUAAAACAUAUUGCAUGGCGAGGUCCAAAUAUAAUUGUGUUCAAUGAUGUCACAAUAAAGCCACCGUACAAGUUAGAAGAUGUGAAUGGAAAUCCCGAGUCACGGCAACUAACAUAUGUAAAGAAAAUCGUUGAAAAAUUCAUCGCUGAUCAAGAGGAAACCAACAACACAACCAUAACAACAACAACAACAACAACAGAAACCACCACCAACACCAUUGCCAAUACAGCCACAACCACCACAUCAACUACAACAUAAAAUAAAUUGUAUCUAAAUUCAAAAGAAAAAGAAAAAGAAUAAGGAGAAGAAGAAAAAACAGUAAUAAAAAUGUACAAAAAAAGA